AUGUCACGUCGAUUUCUUGUUUCCGCCGGGUCCUUCUCUUCCUCUAGUCGUGUGUUUUCCUCAAAUUCAAAUGUUGAUCAUUAUGCCGUUCUCGGACUCAGCCCUGGAGCCAGCCUAAAGGAGAUAAAAUCUGCCUAUUACAAAUUAUCGAAACAGUACCAUCCAGAUCGUAAUCGGGACAACAAAGAAGAAGCAGCAGCGAAGUUUCAUCAGGUUUCACUCGCAUAUGAAGUUCUAGGAUCAGAGGAAAAGCGACGGGCUUAUGACUUGAACCGAAUACGAAGAUCUUCAAACUUGGGGAGCUCCUAUCAACGACGACCUUCCACCUCGGAACCGCCAAAACAAUACACUGAUCUUGAUAUUGACUUCAGAAGUUUUGAGCAUUUUCAAAAGAAGUACAGGCAAAGGAAACAGUAUCACUCUCAUUUUGAAAUGCCUGAGGAGUUCUAUGCUGAAUUCGGUGGCAAGAAACGCGAAUUUAAAAGUGAAUACGAGCCGCCCAAGGGAUCAAUGCAUAGAGAUAGUCGAACAAUCCAGAGAGAGGAAGAAGAGUUAUUGCGGGAAAUACAAAGAGAGCAGGAAAAGCAACAACGCAAGUAUCCGAUACCCACUUUUGAACAAAUGAUGGAAGAAAAGAGAAAAAAGGAACGAGAUGAGACUCGAAAACAAGUUGCGAGUGUGCUGGGCUUAACGGGUGCUGGGAUAGCACUUUAUCUUUUAGCCAAAAAGUUUUUUCGAUAG